AUGUUAGCUUAGCACGUGUAUAAAUACAUGUAUACAGACGUUCUUUGAGAAAAGUGUCAUUUUAUAAAUUGAAUUAUCCAAUUGAUGAUUGAUGUUGAAACUGGGACAAAUAAAAUGUGAUUUCAUAAUUGUGAGAUGGAAUUACACAUUUAGUCGUGCCUUAAUUUACUAGUUGUUGUCAUCGAUUCUUCCCAUUGAUCUGCAAACAAGUUUUUAUAUGAAUUUAUAUAUAACAUGGCAGAAGUUCCUCUAAGUUUAGCUGAGAAGACGUUCAUUUUACAUGGAAUUGACGCUGACUUUAGAAAUGAUGGUAGACGUCGGAAUGAAUAUCGAUGGAUGGAAAUAGAAACGAAAAUACUUCCUCAAUGCCAUGGCUCGGCAAGAUUAAAAGUAAUGAACACCGACAUAUUAGUUGGCGUUAAAGUAGAAGUGGAUACUCCCUUUGCUCAUAGUCCAGACAAGGGGAAAAUUGAAUUUUUCGUUGAUUGUUCAGCAAACGCAACUCCAGCGUUUGAAGGGAAAGGUGGAGAUGAUUUAAGUGGGGAAAUAAGUACAACAUUGGCAAUGGCUUAUGGAAGUGAACAUGCUCUCGAUUUGAAAAAGUUGUGCAUUCUUCCACACCAUAAAUGCUGGAAAGUAUACGUAGAUGUUUCGAUCCUUCAGUGCGGUGGUAAUUUAUUUGAUUCAGUAAGCGUGGCUGUUAAAGGAGCAUUAUUUAGUACUGAAAUUCCUAAAGUUACGACAAUGUCCAUUGAUGGUGGAGAACCAGAUAUUGAACUGUCCGAUGAUCCAUAUGAUUGUGUCAAAUUAGAUGUUACAGGUUUUCCUGUUCUUGUAACAUUGUGUAAGAUAGGUGAGAAUAAUAUAAUCGACCCAAAUGCAGAAGAAGAAACGUGUAGUUCCGCCAGCACUGUUAUUUCGGUAUUACCCAAUGGUCGAAUUACAUACGUAGCAAAACUUGGAUAUGGAAGUUUGCAGCCUGCGACUCUAAUUAAAGCAUUACAGGCUGGAAAAGACAUUGGCAUUAGGUUGAAUAAUGCACUUAUGGAUAUUUUGAUAAAGGAAGAUGCACUCGGACCAAACAGACCAAUUCUUGGUUUUCUGAGAUGAAAACUGUUUACAUUACAUUAUUGUUCUUACCUUGCUCCACGAAAUGACGAUAUAUUUUGAGAUUGUACAAUAAAUCAAUGUGCUUGCAAGGACAAUUUCUCGACGUGCCUGAAACGAGCGGUGAGGGUUUUAGUUUAUCUCAAAAUAAUGUAAUAUCCAUCGCAAACUAAACAUGGCUAAUAACAU